CAAACUGUGAGCAUGGUAAAAAAGUAGAACGUAGUAUUGGUUUGACAUGAAUUAUACAAAUACUAUACCGUUAUCAAAUAUUUAAAACCCUACAGAGAGUGAAGUUUGCGUCGAUGGAGAGGAAACUUGCUGAGUUUAGAGCUCGAAGACAGGCUGCAAACGCUGUUAAAAAGGAUGAAGGUGCCCCUGAUCCAAAGUCCGGCGUACAGAGAGGAGGGAACACUUCAACAAUGUCUGAGGCAACAGCUGAUGACCACCACGAAGAGGAGAGGGCAGAAACCAGCCAAGCUUCAACUCACAGCGAUAAAAACAUGGCCCGUAGAGACUGGUUGCUAGACAGCGCUCUGGGACAGUGGCUUUCUUCCAAACAGUUUGUCAUCUCAAAUGUUUUUUUGCUCAAAGUGCUGCUGUGGCUGGUUCUCCUCGGCCUGUUCAUUGAACUUGAGUUCGGCUUUCCAUUCUUCGUUCUCUCUCUCUUCUACUGGAUCUAUGAAGGACUCCGCAGCCCAGGCGCUCGUGAGCCUGGAGAGCUGAGCGCUUACUCUGUCUUCAAUCCAGAUUGUCAGCCACUGCUGGGUUCACUCACUGCAGAGCAACUGGAGGGAGAAAUGGGCUACAGACCAUUAGCAAACAGAUGAACUGCUUGGAAAUUAAACAUUUAUAGUAAAACAUCUUUCCAAAAAUGUGAAUGUUUACUGAAAAAGAAAAGAAACACUUGACAAAUCAUGAGUUCACACAGAUUGUAUUUUCCAACAGACAAACUGGUGUACACAUGAGUAUGGUUAAGACCUCAGUUACAGAAGUCCGGAGUGUUUUGAGUAGAUGAGUUUGUGCUUGAACAAUUGGUAUUUUUGUUAGAGUGAGUUGGGCCUAUGAAAAGAAAUCAUAAAACAUUAAUUUGGUUAUAUGUUCUACAUAUCAUGCCUAAUGGAAAGUCUGAUAGAGGAGACCCUGGGCCUGCUGGUGCUGAGGUGUUUAGGUCUUGUCACAUUUGUUAACACUCAAGUGACUUAGAGCUUCUGUCCUUUUCUGUUUCUUUAAUUGUUCAGGAUAUUUAAGGAUAAUGAUAAUUCUGUCAAUUACAAUAAGUAAUUUCAUUUCAUCAUUGCAAUUAGCACUUUAAGCGCUUUAAUAAUUUCAUAAAGACUUGCUGACAUAACAUUUAGGUUGUGAACAUUAAAUCUAGAGGUCUACUCAUCCAUAUCAAGUAGUCAAUAAUAUAAUCUGGCACAUUUUGUUAAUAUAAGGGUCAUAUUUUUAUCAUGUCUCAUCUAAAAAUGUGAAUCCAUCUUCACUGUUAUCCAAUUUAUUUUCUUUACUGAUUAAAGUGUUUUUUGUGGAUG